AUGGCAGAGAAAAGGAGAGCCUCGCCUUGCACCAUGCUGAGCCUCAAGGCUCACGCUUUCUCGGUGGAGGCGUUGAUCGGAGCCGAGAAGCAGCAGCAGCAGCAGCAGCAGCAGCAGCAGCAGCAGCAGCAACAGCAGCCGCAGAAGAGACGAAAGUUGGCCGGAGAGGAGGCGCCGGCCGAAGCGGGCAGCAGCUGCGACCAGGGCUCCGGCGAAGGCGCCGAGAGCGGCGGCGCUUUGCCCAGCGCCGAGACCGGGGCGGCCGCCGACUCCUUGAGGAACUGUGCCGCCCGGACCCUGCCUCCCGGUAACUGCGAAGAGAAUUUCCUGAGUGUCGCUACGUCGCCCCCGCUGUCCCCCGGAGGUCCUGCCAAGGCCGGGAGUUCUAGUAGGCCCGCUUCUCCACUGCUUGCUCCACAAGUGCCCCGGGUGGACCUGCAGGGCGCAGAGCUCUGGAAGCGCUUCCACGAGAUCGGCACCGAGAUGAUCAUCACCAAGGCGGGAAGACGGAUGUUUCCUGCAAUGAGAGUGAAAAUUUCAGGCCUAGACCCCCAUCAACAAUAUUAUAUUGCUAUGGACAUUGUCCCUGUGGAUAACAAAAGAUACAGAUACGUUUAUCAUAGCUCCAAAUGGAUGGUAGCAGGUAACGCUGACUCGCCUGUGCCGCCUCGUGUGUACAUUCACCCGGAUUCACCUGCCUCAGGAGAGACUUGGAUGAGGCAAGUCAUUAGCUUUGACAAACUGAAACUUACAAACAAUGAACUGGAUGACCAGGGUCAUAUUAUCCUCCAUUCUAUGCACAAAUACCAGCCACGUGUCCAUGUAAUUCGGAAAGACUGUGGAGAUGAUCUCUCCCCAGUCAAACCCAUUCCCUCGGGAGAAGGAGUGACUGCAUUCUCCUUUCCUGAAACUGUUUUCACAACUGUGACAGCAUACCAGAACCAACAGAUCACCCGUCUCAAGAUUGAUAGGAAUCCAUUUGCAAAGGGAUUUAGAGAUUCCGGACGUAACAGGAUGGGAUUGGAGGCUUUAGUAGAGUCUUAUGCAUUCUGGAGACCUUCACUUAGAACACUUACAUUUGAAGAUAUUCCUGGAAUUGCAAAACAAGGAAACACUGGCUCCUCCGCUCUGCUCCAGGGAUCUGGCAAUGGAGUACCAACCACGCAUCCCCAUCUCCUUCCUGGGUCCCCUUGCUCUUCUCCGGCCUUUCACCUGGCCCCCAACACUAGCCAGCUCUGCAGCCUCACUCCAGCUGACUACACGGCAUGCGCCCGCUCAGGUUUAGCCCUUAACAGAUACAGCACUUCCUUGGCUGAAACAUACAACAGGCUUACCAGCCAGACCAGUGAGACCUUUGCAACUCCAAGGACUCCCUCUUAUGUUGGCGUGUCAAGUGGUUCAACUGUGAACAUGCCUGUGACAGGCAGUGACGGUGAUGCAUUCAGCUGUCCCCAGGCAGGCUUAUCAAUGCAGAUUUCAGGGAUGUCUCCACAGCUCCAGUAUAUCAUGCCCUCCCCAUCUAGCAAUGCCUUUGCCACAAAUCAGACCCACCAGAGCUCCUACAACACGUUCAGACUGCACAGCCCUUGUGCUCUCUAUGGAUACAACUUCUCCACAUCCCCCAAACUUGCCGCCAGUCCUGAGAAAAUUGUUUCUUCCCAGGGAAAUUUUUUGGGGUCGUCACCGAGUGGAACCAUGACCGAUCGGCAGAUGUUGCCCCCUGUAGAAGGCGUGCACUUACUUAGCAGUGGGGGGCAGCAGAAUUUCUUUGACUCUAGGACCCUAGGAAGCUUAACGCUGUCAUCAUCUCAAGUAUCUGCACAUAUGGUUUGAUAAAGUCUUUUAAAAAUAAAAGUGCACGUCAUUGAUUUCUACAAUAUAUUCCUUUUUGGGAUUAUGUUAAGGUGAUUAAUGUACCUUAUAAGGUGUUGUAUUUUAUUUUUUUUUAAUUGAAUCACCAGAGAAAGUUUGAACCUUUCAGUUUGCCUAUGGGCAGAUAUUUGGAUAUGGCCUAAUGUUCAGCGUUAAGCUGAGUUUGUUUGCAGAGCAGCCCUGGUAGCAUACACUUCAUUUUAUAACACGUUUGUCCAUAUGCAACAAAUUAAGCAAGACUUCCUCCAGCACUCUUAGUCCCCACAUCUUUCCCUCUUUAAAGAACAAAACCACACUCAGGUCUAAUUUAGUUGAAACAAAAAACACAAUCUGCACAAACAUCCCAUUUUAUAACAGCUGUCAUUAAAGUGCUGUUCUUGCCACAAUGAGCUGAUGCCACAAUGCAUACAUUAUUUCUCUGUUGUAAGAGAGAUAAUAAACAGAUUUCAUUAGGCAUGCAUAAAUCAGACAUUUAGCUGUAACAUACUUUCAAAAUAAAGGGACAAGAUAAUUUUUCUUUUUCAAGCUUUAUGGCAUAUUUGACUUUUAAGUGCCAAGUUUUUACUGUUACGAUGUAUUGUACUUAGCGUAGGAAUACCUGCUGGCAUUCCAUGAAAGUGCAGAUACAGUGGUGAGAAUCUAAAUUAAGCAGUGGAAACAGCAGUAUGUCUAACUUUAAUGUACAGAAUGAAUUUAAAGGAGACUUGCUCCAUGUGAAGAGUGAAAAAAUUCUAUAGAGAUUUAUUUUUUAAGUAUUAAAUAUAUGUUUGCAAAAGUAAAGUAUAAGGCAGGACUUUGAAAUCGUUCCAGAAAUUUUGAGAAUAAUCUUUCUAGAAGGUUUGGUAGCAGAGGUAUCACUUAUUCUCAGUAAUGGAAGAGCUAGCUUACUUGAAUUUGACCCAAUGCAUAUAAUUAGACCUUAUUGCCAGCCUCUUUUGUUACUAAGAGGUGAAGAUGAAACUGCAGAAUUUUGGACCAUUUGACAUACCUUUUUAAAGGCAAAAUCUUGCAUUGUCUUGACAAGCUGCUUCCAAAUUUGAGAAACCAUAGCAGCUGGUAUAAUGCUAGGAGCGACAUUCAGUAUGGAAAAAUUGGAACACCUCUGUAAAUGUGCAAAAGCAGCAGUUUACAGUUCUUAACAACCUCUGUAAUUCUACACGUACAAGGCUUAAAAGAAUUGUGGGGCAACACAUCUACAGUUCCAUUCCCACGGUCAGCAAUUCUCUCUUCCCACUCUCCAGUGCAAAUCCUUUUUCUAUAUAAUGUCUUUCAUUAGAAUGGCCGAGGCUAUAUUAUGCAAAUCCACCUGAUCUCAUGUUUUCUUGUCUCAUCCUUCAAAUAGUUAAAACCAAGUAGGUCCAAAAGCAGAUAUACUGCACAGAAUACUCCUUGUAUAGAAUAUAAGAAUCUAAUGAGGGCGGAUGAGCAGGGGAAAUCACACAAGUUUUCAAGUUGUCUGUUUGGCUAUCAUAGCCAGUUCAAAGGUCUGCUGCUACAAAAAGAAUGCUCCAGUGACACCUAGAAGACUAAUGCAUGUAUUCUUGCGUAAGUUUUUGUGGGAAUUCAUUUGAUGAAGUGAACUGUCUCUGAAAGCUUAUGCCAAAAUAAACAUGUUAAGCUGUCAGCAAUUGAUGGAACGAUGAAACAAGAUAUCUAAAAUAUCCAAUAUUAAUUCAGAUGCACAAAUACCCAUAUAUUUCUUUGAGCUCUCCAAAAUUGCAGGUAGCUUCUGUGCAGACAUGUAGAGUAACGCUCCUGUUGUUAGAGACUAAGUUCUGAUAGUAUUUCCUGUGUCUACUAUCCUAGUUUUUGAAAUUUUGGUUCACCGAUUCUGAGACAGUUUAUAUCCCUGGCCACAUUUAAGAGACUUUGAUCCCGAAAGUCUUGUACAUGACUGGGGAGUGGCUGUACAUGUGUGUAGGGUUGCUACCAAUUUUUCUUCCCAGCAACAUUGCUUUACUGUGCUUCAAAUUCCAUUCAGGAGAAUGUGGGGAAGCGUAUGUAAUGUUCACAUGUGGCCCACCAGAUCUCUGCCUUUAGGGGUGUUCUCAACCCAGUUUAAAGCAAUAGAUUUAAACACAUUGAAUACUAUUUGCUUGGUAAAGGUACUGUUUCAUGUGUUCCAAAUUUUGAAACACCAUGGAUGCACGAUGUUAGCAGAACAUCAUGAGCGUGUUUGCUGUAGUGUUCUGGAUCUUACUGUUGUAUCAAGCCCCUUACUGUUUCAGUAGGAUUUACCUGAAGAUUAAGGAUUGAAAUAAUAAAUGUUGCCAUGGCAAACAUUUGGAAAUAAUUGAAAGAAAAUAGGGCAACCCAAAUGUUACCAAACACCUGUUCCUCCUCCUUUGGUGAAAGGCUUCUAUGAACUGCAAAAUUCAGAUCUGGGUAAGGUUCUUUGGAUGUCUCGUUUCAUCACAUUACCCAUUUCUAAGUGAAAAUUGCUGACAAUAUUUGCACAAAGUUAACAAAUAUAAGGGAUCCAACAAAACUGAUUCGUUACACAGAACUCAAAAUUAAGAGUGCAGAGUUUAAAUUUUGACACAAAGUGCUUUUAAAUAGUAUGUUGUCAUCUUAAGGAGCAAUUCUUACGGGAAAGGUCACAGAUUAAGCAAAGAGGAUCAUAGAGAGGGUGCAUUGAUUUAUAGCACAACAUACAUCAUGACAGAACCCACUGGGUAUGUAUGCAGAAGUUAUAACUGUAUCUGCCUUGUAACUCCUAUUAGAUUUCCAUUAUCAUGCCUUUUGCAAUAUUUUUCCAUAUAUUAUAAAGCCACAGUAUUAUAACUGAAACAGCUUUUUCUUAAAAUGCAAUUCCUGUUGUACAUAGUGAAUGGCGUGUGAUUAUGAAAUCCAGCUUUUUGUGGAAUAUAAUGAAUGCCAAAUAUGCAGUAUAUCUAUAAUUAUACAUAGCUGUAUUUUGUUUUUUAAAGUCACAGAAAUGGAAUUCAAGUGUGUAUCUAAAACACUUUUUAUUAAAUUUGAAAAUAAAAAAUAUUUUAAAAAAUGAAA